AUGCCCACACUGGACGAAGCUGGAAACGGAAGGCUCGAGGUGCUACCAGUGACGACACUUGAAGAGCUUAGUGGCAAUGGUGAUGUGGGUGACUGUAACGGAUCAGCGCUGCUUGGGUACGAUGGCGAGCUGGAAGGCAUGGGAGGGGAAGAUAGGCUGGGCAGACUGGGUGGGGGCAGCGUCGUAGGAGGCAUCGGAGAAAUCAACGCAGAGGGUGAGACUGGAAUACUCAGCAUCGACGUUGAUAAUAUCGGUGGGCUGGGUGGGAGAGUAAAAGGUAGCUCUGGCAUAACAAGUGAAGAGGCCGAUGAUGGCACGAGAGGGCUGCUGGGUAGAGACGGUGGAGUGACAACCGUGCUAGGGGGUUGCAAAACAAAUGUCGAGCUAGACGGCGCCAAUGAUGAGCUGCUGGGCACUGCAGAAGAACUCAUGACCACGUUCGUAGAGCUGAGCAUUGGUAAAGAGGAUGAACCCGGUAGACUGGUGGUGCCCACGCUGGCUGUGCUGGACGAUGUUGGCUCAGGCAGGUCAGAGGUCAGCAUCGCACUCUGUGUGAGGGAGCUUGUUGGGAUGUUACUAGUCAAACUCACAGGCAAGCUCGAGGUUGCAACAGAAGAUGGCAACAACAAACUGGAGCUUGAACCGGGAAUACUCGUCGCUGCCGAGCUGCUGGUGGCAUCACUGCUAGCAGGUGCAACAGAGGGCACACUGGAAACUACACUUGAGGUCGCCACAACGUAUGCAGUCGAGCUAGUCGGCACAGCGGUGUUGGUCGUGACAACGGGUGUACUCGGUGGAAGACUAACACCUGCGCUGGAGGACCCCACUGCAGGGGUUACCAAGUUUGAGCUGACACUGGGAAUGCUGGUAGUUCCAAAGCUACUCGAGGUCACCGAGCUGAGCGACGGGGUUGCGCUACUACUCGACAAUGAUGAUGUCAGCACCACCGACAAGGAGCUGGAGGCAGAGAGAAUAGCUGAGCUGGAAGUGGAGGCGUCAGAGCUAAAAGUGACAGUUGACGAAGAUGGAAUGGCACUUGGCAUUGCAGAGCUUGCGCUACCAAAGACACCUGACGAGGCCAGGCUUGAGGUGGGCGGGGAGCUCGAAACAAAUGUUGAUGAUGUUGAAGAUGGCGCGGGGCUUGCCGUGGAGGAGGAGAGAAUGGUCUCGGUGCUUGUCGCCACAGGGGCCGAGCUGCUGGCCGGGACAUGGCUGCUCGCGCUUGCAGAAAAGAAGGGAGACGAGGAAGAAGGAGAGGUGUAUCCAUCGCUGGCGCUGGUACUGGACGAAAGGCUGGUGGACGGUGUGAUGCUCGACGGACCGGGGGUACUGGAAGCCAUCAAGCUGCUGCUGACGGCCACCAUGGUGCUGGUGGGAGGGAUCACUGAGCUACUGACGGAACUGGCUGAAGAGGAUGGCUGUGCGCUAGCCGAAGAUGUUGUAAGCGAGGUCAAUGAGGAAGAGGAGACGGGCGUCAUGUCAAGCGUGCUGCUGGAUGGCGCUGCUGAAGUCAGGAUAGAGGCUGUGCUGCUACUACUAACAACGAUGCUUGAUGUACUCGGGUUGUCACUCGAAAAGAUUACAGUGCUUGAGGUUGAGCUCCAAGACGAGCUCGAAGGAGCCAUUGGAGUCGCGGAGGUGAUGGAUGAAGGGGUAGAAACGCUGCUAGUGCCCGGCGCGAUAGUGCUGGUAGAGUGUGGUGACGGAAGCAUCUGUCGUCGUGUUUGCCGUGGUGUCAUCGAUGGUGGUUGUGAUGGCGGUGGUGACAGCGUCGGUCAGGGUAGUGAGGAUGGAUGUCGGAGACGUGGUGGUGGCAUUUGCGAAAUCUGCGAAAACGGGAAGAGUGGGCCGCUCAGGAAGCGAAAGCGCCAGGGUUGGCGGCGCAUAGAGCGAGCCAUUGCCGUUGGGGAGGGCAAUGCCCGGGCUCAUGGUGGUGGAGUCAGUCAUAAGGAAACAAUCGACGCUAUGGGCGCUACCAACUGA